UUUUUUUUUUUUUUUUUUUGACGUUAUCCGUUUACAAAAUUACAGAUUUUGUUCUUCAUAAAGAUUGCAACCUCAGCUCCAUAUUACUCUUUAGAAACAUACUACCAGUUAGCAUCUAGUUUAAUCCAGAGUCUUCCCAGAUAAAUCAUAUUUUGAUUGAUUUGCAAAAGAAUUGCAAAAUGAAGGGUGGGAAGGUCUUGCUGCUUCUCCUUUUCUUGAAUAUAAUCGCUUCUGGAGUGAUUGCUGGUAGUCCCCCAACAUGCCCCGCUGAUCAUAGCAGUGGAUGCGAUGAUUCAGAUGAAUGGAAAGGGGAAUUUUUCCCUGGCAUUCCAAAAAUUAAGUAUGAGGGUCCUUCUAGUAAAAAUCCACUUGCAUUCAAAUGGUACAAAGCAGAAAAAACUAUUCUUGGGAAGAAAAUGAAGGAAUGGAUGAGGUUCAGUGUUGCAUUUUGGCAUACAUUUCGUGGGACAGGAGGCGACCCAUUUGGUGCACCAACUAAAUAUUGGCCCUGGGAGGAUGGUACCAAUUCACUGGCCAUGGCCAAAAGGAGAAUGAGAGCCAAUUUUGAGUUCCUUGAGAAGCUUGGAGUUGAUAUGUGGUGUUUCCACGAUAGAGAUAUUGCACCAGAAGGCAAAACCCUGGAGGAAAGCAAUGCAAACUUGGAUGAAAUCGUGGCCCUUGCUAAAGAACUUCAGGGAACCAAGAUCCAUCCUUUGUGGGGUACAGCUCAGUUGUUUGUCCAUCCUCGAUUUAUGCAUGGUGCUGCUACUAGUUCUGAAGUAGGUGUAUAUGCAUAUGCUGCAGCUCAAGUUAAGAAAGCAAUGGAGGUCACACAUUACUUAGGUGGAGAAAAUUAUGUCUUCUGGGGUGGUCGUGAGGGGUACCAGAGUCUCUUGAACACAAAUAUGGAAAGGGAGCUUAAUCAUUUGGCAAGGUUUAUGGAAGCAGCUGUUGCUUACAAGAAGAAGAUUGGAUUCAAAGGGACUCUGCUGAUUGAGCCUAAGCCCCAGGAACCUACCAAACACCAGUAUGAUUGGGAUGCCGCAACAGCAGCUAAUUUCCUCCGAAAAUACGGACUUCAAGGAGAAUUCAAGCUCAACAUUGAGUGCAACCAUGCCACUCUUUCUGGUCACAGCUGUCAUCAUGAGCUUGAAACUGCAAGAAUCGAUGGUUUGCUGGGAAAUAUAGAUGCAAACUCUGGUGACCCUCAGAUUGGAUGGGAUACAGAUCAGUUCCUGAUGGAUGUUGCAGAGGCAACUAUGGUUAUGCUUAGUGUGAUAAGAAAUGGAGGACUAGCGCCAGGAGGAUUCAAUUUUGAUGCUAAAUUGCGAAGAGAGAGUACUGAUGUUGAGGACCUAUUCAUUGCUCAUAUUGCUGGAAUGGAUACUCUGGCUCGUGGACUAAGAAAUGCUGCCAAGCUGAUUAAGGAGGGUGCUUUGGCUGAACUCGUUCGCGGGAGGUAUGAGAGUUUUGACACAGAAAUUGGAGCGCAAAUAGAGGCUGGUGAGGCUAAUUUUGAACUCCUUGAGAAGAAAGCCAUUGAAUGGGGAGAACCCAAUGUUCCUUCUGCUAAGCAGGAACUUGCAGAGAUGAUUUUCCAGGCUUCACUAUAGUCACAUCAAGCUAAUUAGUAGAGCUCUUCCCCCAUUCCCCCACCAUCCCUGUCCAUAAUUUUUAGUUGUCAUUUUAGAAUUUUUUUUUAAUUUAAUAAAACAAAUAUUAUUUUUGCUAAAUGCAAAAAUGGGUUAAAAAAAUUAUCAUUUGAUGUAUAUGCAAAAUUGCCUUUUUUUUUAAAGCAACC